AACUAUACAUUUCUAAUUCAUUUUCAUCAAAACAACCUGCUCUGUUCUUUACCCACUAAACGAUAUUACAAACUUCCAAUACAGACAAUACAAACACACCAAUUUCUCUCUUGCUCAGUUCACGUUUGUCUCUACUCUCUUCUUAUAUUUCUUCUCUCAGAUUCCCUCCAUUUCUCUCCCCCUUUCUUUCCAUUAAUGUAUCUCUGCUUGUUCUGGUUCUUGUUCCAAACACAGCUGUUUUGCCUUCUUGGGAAUCUUCGUCUUAUUGAUUGUUAUUCUCAGUUCCAAGUCCAACCACUUCAUUAAUUUUCCCUGGGAAUGAAUUCCAGCUCUUGUUUUGCUUCAUAAAACACAAAUUCUCUCUCUCUCUCUCUCUCGGAAACGAAAACCAGCUUUUCUUGUAUUACCCAUUUGCGUUAAUUUUCAUUCUUGAUUGAAUUUCUCGAGUAGUGCAAUCUCUCGGCCUCCAAGAAGCCUACUUUCUUCUUCUUCUUCUUCUCAGGAAACAGUACAAUGAAGCGACCAUCUUUUCAGUCAGCAGAUAUAAAAAGCUUCCGUUUCUCCAGGGAAUCCAGUUUUUAAUUGUCGUUUACCAGAACAAGAACCUGCAAUUUUCUAGUAGUCACGAGAUUUUCAUUUCUGGAUGCAACAAUGGCGACAAUUGAAGGAGCAAUUUAGCAAGCUCUUUGUUUUUCUUUUACUAUUUCCCAAUGGCCAAAAGCUGUUUUCUUUCCUUGCAAUUCAUUUCACUUCUUUUCUUCCUAUUCUUGUCAGCUUUCCCGCUUUCUUUUGGCUCGAAUGUUGAGACCCAGGCCUUGCUUGAAUUCAAAAGACAGCUGAAAGACCCUUUGAACGUUUUGGAUUCUUGGAAAGAAUUAGAUUUUCCAUGCAUGUUUUCUGGGAUUACCUGCGAUCUCACAUCUGGGAAAGUGACUGAAAUCUCACUUGACAACAAGUCUCUCUCUGGUGAGAUUUCACCAUCCAUUUCUGCCCUUGAGAGCUUGACUACCCUUUGGUUGCCUUCUAAUUCAUUCUCAGGGAAGCUUCCUCUUGAGCUUCUUAAUUGCAGCAAUCUUAGAGUAUUGAAUCUAACUGGAAAUGAAAUGGUGGGAGUCUUUCCUGAUCUUUCUUCGUUGAGAAACUUGGAGAUUCUUGAUUUGUCGUUGAACUACUUCUCCGGCAGAUUUCCGACAUGGGUAGGAAAUUUAACUGGGUUGAUUGCGCUUUCUAUGGGGCAAAAUGAAUAUGAUGAGGGUGAGAUCCCUGAGAAUAUUGGAAAUUUGAAGAACUUGACUUAUUUGUUUCUGGCUGAUAGCCAUUUGAGGGGAGAGAUUCCGGAGUCCAUUUUUGGACUAUGGAAGCUUGAAACGCUUGAUAUUUCGAGGAACAAGAUCUCAGGGAAAUUCUCAAAAUCAAUUUCCAAAUUGCAAAAGCUUACAAAGAUUGAGCUCUUUGUCAACAAUUUAACUGGGGAGAUCCCACCGGAGCUCGCAAACCUCACUCUCUUGCGGGAAUUUGAUAUAUCUUCAAAUCAGAUGUAUGGGAAACUGCCCGAGGGAAUUGGAAAUUUGAAGUAUCUGAAGGUAUUCCAGGCAUAUGAUAAUAAUUUCUCUGGAGAACUACCUGCUGGUUUUGGAGAGAUGCAGCAUCUUGAUGGAUUUUCAAUUUAUGGGAACAAUUUUUCUGGGGAUUUCCCGGCGAAUUUUGGCAGAUUCUCACCACUAAACAGUAUUGACAUAUCUGAGAAUCAAUUUUCAGGUAGUUUCCCGAAGUUUUUGUGUGAAAGCAGAAACUUACAGUACUUGCUGGCUUUGGGAAACAGUUUUUCUGGGGAGUUGCCAGAUUCUUACGCUGAGUGUAAAUCUUUAAUAAGGUUGAGGAUCAAUAAGAACAAGUUAUCUGGACAGAUUCCAGAUGGGGUUUGGGCUCUGCCACUUGCCAGCGUACUUGAUUUGAGUGAUAAUAAUUUCAGUGGACCAAUAUCCCCUAUAAUUGGGUUGUCUAACCGCUUGAAUCUGUUGAUUUUGCAGAACAACAGGUUUUCGGAUCAGCUUCCUUCUGAACUUGGCAAAUUGAGGAAUCUAGAGAAGCUUUCCUUGCAGAAUAAUAGCUUCUCAGGUGAAAUACCUUCUGAAAUUGGUGCUUUGAAGCAGUUAUCUUCCUUGCAUAUGGAAGAAAAUUCAUUAACAGGAUCCAUACCAUCGAAACUGACUGAUUGCACUAGACUGGUGAACUUAAAUCUUGCUUCGAAUUAUCUGAGUGGUCAAAUCCCACUAGCCUUUUCACUGAUGAGCUCUUUAAACUCUUUGAAUCUUUCACGAAACGAACUUACUGGUUUGAUUCCAGAAGAUUUAGAGAAACUGAAGCUUAGUUCCAUUGACUUAUCUGGAAACCAAUUAUCAGGAAGAAUUCCGUCAGUUCUUCUGACCAUGGGUGGUGAGAAAGCAUUUCUAGGGAACACGGAACUUUGCAUUGUUGAAAAUUCCAAGAACAUUAUAAAUUCGAAGAUUAAUGUUUGCCAGGGAAAGCAGAGUCAGGAACAAACAUUUGGAGAUAAGUUUGUCAUGUUCUCUAUCAUCAUAUCUGCCUUGGUUGUUGCUUUUGCUGGCUUACUGCUUGUUAGGUACAAGAACUUCUUCAAGCAAGGUCAAGUAGACAGAGAAAAUGAUUUGGAUCCAAACUGGAGACUUGCAUCUUUCGACCAGUUGGAUAUUAAAGCAGAUGAAAUAUGUAAUUUGGAAGAGGAAAAUUUGAUUGGAAAAGGUGGUACAGGGAAAGUAUACCGCCUGGAUUUGAAGAGAAGUGGUUGCACAGUGGCUGUAAAGCAACUAUGGAAAGGAGAUGUUCUCAAGCUUUCAGCAGCUGAAAUGGAGACUUUGGGGAAAAUCAGGCAUAGAAAUAUCCUGAAGCUUUAUGCUAGUUUACUCCAAGAAGGAUCAUGUUUUCUGGUGUUUGAGUACAUGGCUAAAGGUAAUCUGUUUAAUGCACUUCAUAGAAAGAUUAAAGAUGAAGAGCCUGAAUUGGAUUGGUAUCAGAGGCAUAAAAUAGCUUUGGGUACGGCUAAGGGAAUUGCAUAUCUGCAUCAUGAUUGCUCUCCACCAAUUAUUCAUAGAGACAUAAAAUCAAGCAACAUUUUACUCGAUGAAGAUUACGAGCCAAAAAUUGCUGAUUUUGGGGUUGCAAAGCUUGCAGAAAUGUCCUGGAAGGGUUGUGAUAUUAGCUCUCUUGCAGGCACUCAUGGAUAUAUUGCUCCUGAGAUGGCAUAUACUCUUAAAGUUACAGAAAAGAGUGAUGUGUAUAGUUUUGGCAUUGUGCUGCUAGAAUUAGUCACUGGUAGGAAACCUAUUGAUGAGGCAUAUGGAGAAGGGAAAGAUAUUGUCUACUGGGUUUGGAAGCAUGUCAAUAACAACGAAAAUGUCCUCAAGGUUCUUGACAGCAAGGUUACAUCUGAAUCUGUCCAAGAGGACAUGAUUAAAGUAUUGAAGAUUGCUAUCCUCUGCACCACUAAACUUCCAAACCUGCGACCUAACAUGAGAGAAGUGGUGAAGUUGCUAGUUGAUGCCGAUCCUUGCAUUUUCAAGUUUCGGGGCAGCAAUUCUGAAAUAAAAGGAGAAGCUAUUCCUCUGAAGUUAGUUUGUUAGUAGUAGUAGUAGUAGUUCAACUUUCAGGAUCCAAACUUUCUAAGCAAGUGUUAGCACAAAGUUUGGUGAUAUAUAAAUAUAAUUAAAUUGUGGUUACAAGCAUAAGCUGGUUUGCAAAAGGCUUUUUGUUGCAAUUUAAUCAGGUGCUUAGAGUCUUCAUCUUGUGAAUAUGUGAUGUUUUGCCCUAGAAUAAAUAAAUUUUAGCAAUCAUCUGCUCCAA